CGCUCGGGGGUCGCCGCGGGCCGGGCGGGCCGGGCGAGGAGCUCCCGGUGGACGUGGCCUGCCCGCAGUGGCCGGAGCCGAGAGGGCCAGGAUGGCCAGCAUCACUCAGCUGUUCGACGAUCUGUGCGAAGCCCUCCUGCCCGCCACCCGGGCUCGCCCCGGCCUGCGCUGCGUGGACCGGAGGAGGGCGAGGCAGACCCUCAAGAGGGUGGCCUACAAUGCCCUGUUCACAAACCUUUUUCAGGAAGACGCUCGUCGGCCGCGGUCCAGCCUGUCCAAACUCCCAGUGAAAAACAAGGUCCUCAUGAUGUCCUUUGACUUGAGAGUGGGUGGCCUGGGCCCGGAGGCUGACCGCUUGGAGGAGCUCGUGGAGGAGCUGCUGCAGGCAGCCCCUGGCUGUCCGUUUGUGGAAGUGGGAUCGGUGUUGGAACUCCUGGUUCAGCUGGCAGGCAGCGGCCCUCCUCAAAUACUGCGCAGGAAACGAGACUACUUUAAUAAAAAUGCAGGUAGAAACGUUCCCUACAGAGGCUACGAUUGUGAUGACCUCAGUGUGUCUGAGAUGGACGUCCGGUCUCUGAUCUCCAGAGAAGGGUCUCUGUGUCACAGCAUGAUCCAGGAAACACUGCAGGUGAUGGAGGCUGCUCCAGGGACCCACUUGCCCAUCAUGGGGCACUUUUCUUUCGGUGACCCUUGUGACAAGUUUGAGAGAGACAGUCGGGUGUCACUUUUUGGUGCCCUGGUUCACUGCCGCACUUACGACAUGGAUGUGCGACUAGACCUGCCCCCAGUGCCAGACAGCGCAGACCUCUCUGGACUGGCCAUUAAGGUCCCCCAGAGCAUGGAUCAGUGGGAAGAUGAAGGGUUUCAGUCAGCAUCCAAUUUGACUCCUGAUUCCCAGUCUGAACCAAGCAUGACCCCAGAUGUGGACCUGUGGGAAGUUGCGCUCACCUAUGAGGCCAGCAAGCGGAGGUGUUGGGAGCGAAUUGGAUGUCCUCCUGGCCACAGAGAAGAGCCCUACCUCACCGAGGCCGGCAGGGACGCCUUCGACAGGUUCUGUAGGCUCCGCCAAGGGGAGCUACAGUUACUCAGUGGGGGUCUCCUGCAGGCCGCAAGGCCUGUGCUAGUGAAGGAGAGUGAGCUGGUGAAGGAUUCACUGAACGUCCUUCUUGGAGUUGUUUCUGCCACAUUUUCCCUCUGCCAGCCGGCUCAAGCUUUCGUGGUGCAGCGGGGCGUCCAUGUGGCAGGCACCUCGCCUGAGAGCAUCUGUAGCAUCCUCUCCCAGGUGGCCGAGUACGGGACCCACUACAUGCGCCUGAGCCACUUUUCCCUGCAGCCUGCCCAGGGCUCUGUGUGCAGCAGAGGCCUUGUGUUCCAGGCCUUCACCAGCGGCUUGAGGAGGUACCUGCAGUAUUACCGGGCCUGCGUCCUCUCUACUCCACCUACCUUGAGCCUUCUCACAAUUGGCUUUCUCUUCAAGAAGCUGGGCAGGCAGCUCAGGUACCUAGCUGAGCUCUGUGGUGUUGGCACUGCCCUCCCGGGGACUACUGGAGGAGAGACCAGGGCUGCAUUCCCGACUGGAGUGAAGUUGCUGUCCUACCUCUACCAGGAGGCACUGGACAACUGCAGUAAUGAGCACUACCCUGUGCUGCUGGCCCUGCUGAAGACCAGCUGUGCACCCUACACACAGUUCAUCCACGACUGGGUAUACAGCGGCGUUUUCAGAGAUGUUUAUGGGGAGUUCAUGAUCCAGGUGAACCAGGAGUACCUCGGCUGCAGAGACAAAUUCUACUGGACCCAUGGCUACGUGCUCAUUUCCAAAGAGGUGGAGGACUGUGUCCCUGUGUUUCUGAAGCAUAUUGCUCAUGAUGUGUACAUCUGCGGGAAGACCAUCAACCUGCUGAAGCUCUGCUGUCCCCGGCACUACCUCUGUUGGUCUGAUGUCCCUGUCCCUCGCAUCUCGGUGAUUUUCUCCCUCAAGGAGUUGAAGGAGAUUGAGAAGGACUGUGCUGUCUAUGUUGGGCGAAUGGAGAGGGUGGCCCGUUACAACUCUAUCAGCAAGGAGGAGAAGGAAUUACGUAUGGAAAUUGCCAAACAAGAGCUAAUUGUCCAUGCUCGGGAAGCAGCAUCCAGGGUUCUGAGCGAGCUAAGUGACCGCCGGGUGUCUGAACAGAUGGCCUUGGAUGCUCGGAAGCGGGAGCAGUUUCAGCGACUGAAGGAACAAUUUGUGAAGUACCAGGAGCGACUCCUGGCAGCCAGACAGGAGGAGCUGGAUGAUGACCUGAGCCCUGCCCAUGAGCUCCACGACCGUGAGAAGAGACUGAAAGCCCUGGAGGAGGAGCUGGAGAAGAAGGCCAGGCAGGCGCUGGUGGACCAUUAUAGCAAGUUGUCUGCAGAGGCAGCUCAUCGGGAGCAAAAAGCGCUGUGGAAGAUCGAGAGACACCGCUUGGAAAGUGCGCGACUUCGCUUCCUCCUAGAAGAUCAGAAGCGAAUCCAGGGGAUGCUGAGAGACCGGUCUGAAGCUGGUCAGCCCCAGGAAAUGCUGGAUAGUCUCCCCAUGGCACAUGCCCAGGUCACAUCUCUGGAAUCUGAGCUCCGUGAUGAAGGCUGUGGCCACGAAGCAGGUCCCACAGAACAGCAGGCCAAGCAGGACUGCCCAAGUAGGCCACGUUCACCCACACCACAGCCCCUCAUGGCUCAGACAGUGGGGGCUGAUGGCUCCAUCUCUGAACAGGUAGAGGGGGCCGAACCAUUUUCUGCUUCCCUCAGCAUUGCAGACUUCUUGCUUGUGGAAUCAGGGUCUGAGCAGGCUGUGCAGGGUGGGGGAGCCCCCCUCCUAGAGGAAGCACUGCAGACCAUCUGCUCAGACCUCACCCCUGCAGUGCCUGAGCAGGCGCCCAUAGUGACUGCUCCUCACGCCACCCCACUGGAUUAUGACUUCAGUACUGUCUUGAGGCCAGCUGUGGCCACUUCAACUUCACCAGGGCUCUUGCAGGCUCUCCAGGGUGGCUUAGGCAGUGUACCGAAACUGGAUGAUUGUGCCUAUAACACCCAGAAGCCUCUGCCUCACUUGCUCAGGCGUGUCAUCCCUGAGGCAGAUAGCAGUCAGCCCAUGCAGCAGAUUCUUGAGCUUAUGGUGGAGGCUACUGCACCCACAGAGGACUGUCCUUCUGGCAUGGCUCCGUCCCGGCCACGUUGGAACGUCCACGGACAUGCAUCGGAUGCCAACAUCAGCGUUGGGGAGAACGUGUCUGACGUGGCUCCGUCCCGGCCACGUUGGAACGUCCACGGACAUGCAUCGGAUGCCAGCAUCAGGGUUGGGGAGAACGUGUCCGACGUGGCUCCGUCCCGGCCACGUUGGAACGUCCACGGACAUGCAUCGGAUGCCAGCAUCAGAGUUGGGGAGAACGUGUCCGAUGUGGCUCCGUCCCGGCCACGCUGGAACGUCCACGGACAUGCAUCGGAUGCCAGCAUCAGGGUUGGGGAGAACGUGUCCGACGUGGCUCCGUCCCGGCCACGCUGGAACGUCCACGGACAUGCAUCGGAUGCCAGCAUCAGGGUUGGGGAGAAUGUGUCUGACGUGGCUCCGUCCCGGCCACGUUGGAACGUCCACGGACAUGCAUCGGAUGCCAGCAUCAGCGUUGGGGAGAACGUGUCCGACGUGGCUCUGUCCUGGCCACAUCGGAACGUGCACGGACAUGCAUCGGAUGCCAGCAUCAGGGUUGGGGAGAACGUAUCCGACGUGGCUCCAUCCCGGCCAUGUCAGAACGUGCACGGACAUGCAUUGGAUGUCAGCCUCAGGGUUGGGGAGAACAUGUCAGAUGUGGCUCCUCAACCACAUCAGGACACCCCUGAGUGCACCUCUCAGUCCUGCAAGAUUCUGGGGGUGCUUUCUCCAAAAACUGAGCCCCAAACCCCCAGCUCCCUGCAGAGUCCUUGCCACAUGUUCCAGUCAGGCCCUCCCCUGGAAGCACACAGCUCUGCUCUGGAGUGUGGGACACAGCUGCCUGAAGAAAUGGGGCCUGCCACCUCUCCCUCAAGCCCAAGUAUUGUGGAAGGCAGCUUGCAGACCAAGCCCCCUGCUGUGGCUGAGCCCAGGGUUCCAGAAGACCACAUUCCUCAAGAGCCAGGCCCAGGGGAGAAUGGAGACAACGAGGACCUGUCUCCAAGCCUGUCCAAGAACUCACAGGAAGAGACAGUGAGCCCAGCUAGCCCAGGCCUUGGUGAGGAGGUGGAGGACACGGAUGCGGAGGCAGAGGCCCGGCGCCGGGAGGAGGAGCAGGCCUACCUGGCAGGCCUUGUCAGGCUCUAUCACGUGGAGCCAUACCCGGACAACUACGAGUCCCUGUCAGAGCCUCCUCUUGCCCACCUGGUGCACCACGUGCUUCCCCGGGCCUUUGCCCUCCCUGUGGACCCCCAGAUCCAGUCAGCUGUGGAUGAGACUGUGGUCCAGCUGAGCGAGCUGCUGACGUUGCCAGUGCUCAUGAAGCGCUCCCUCACGGCACCCCUGGCUGCCCACGUCUCCUUGGUGAACAAAGCUGCAGUCGACUACUUCUUUGUGGAAUUGCACCUGGAGGCGCACUUUGAGGCGCUGCGGCACUUCCUGCUGAUGGAGGAUGGGGAGUUCGCCCAGUCCCUUAGCGACCUGCUCUUUGAGAAGCUCGGGGCAGGGCAGACCCCCGGAGAGCUGCUCAACCCUCUGGUCCUCAACUGCGUCCUGAGCAAGGCGCUGCAGUACAGCCUCCACGGGGACACCCCACACGCAGCCAACCUGUCCUUUGCCCUCAAGUACCUGCCCGAGGCUUUUGCCCCCAACACCCCGGAUGUGCUGAGUUGCCUGGAGCUCAGGUACAAGGUUGACUGGCCCCUCAACAUUGUCAUCACGGAGAGCUGCCUGAGCAAGUACAGCGGCAUCUUCUCCUUCCUGCUGCAGCUGAAGCUCAUGAUGUGGACGCUGAAGGACGUCUGCUUCCACCUCAAGCGCACAGCUCUGGUGAGCCACGUGGCCCGCUCUGUGCAGUUCCGCCAGCUGCAGCUGUUCAAGCACGAGAUGCAGCACUUUGUGAAGGUCAUCCAGGGCUACAUUGCCAACCAGAUCCUGCACGUCAGCUGGUGCGAGUUCAGGGCCCGGCUGGCCGCAGUGGGUGACCUUGAGGAGAUCCAGCGUGCGCAUGCGGAGUACCUGCACAGAGCUGUCUUCCGAGGCCUGCUGACAGAGAAGGCAGCACCCGUCAUGAACAUCAUCCACAGCAUCUUCAGCCUGGUGCUCAAGUUCCGGAGCCAGCUCAUCUCUCAGGCCUGGAGCCCCACCAGUGGACCCCAAGGCGUGGAACACCCCAACUUCGCUCUCAUGCAGCAGUCCUACAGUACCUUCAAGUACUAUUCCCACUUUCUCUUCAAAGUGGUUACCAAGCUGGUGAACCGAGGCUACCAGCCCCACCUGGAAGACUUCCUACUGCGAAUCAACUUCAACAGCUACUAUCAGGAUUCCUGAGGCUGGCCUGACUAAGAGAGAAAGCCCGGGGCAGCCUGGGCCGUCUCAGCAACUCAGCGGCACCUGGAGGCCUCGGGAGACUCAGGUCUGUGAAGAACGCCACCGGAGGCCACUACGAGGAUCAAGUCACGCAGAGCUCUGCUGCC